AUGUUCCUUGUUGAAGCAGAAAGUCCAAAUCCUGAGAUCUACCAAAGUUCUGUUCCGGGAGCGUUUGCGGAAAAAAACAAAAAAAAACUUUCUCCCUUAAUAUGGGCCAUUAUAAUAAUAAUAGUAGUCUUCCUGAUUAUUCUUAUUGUCGUAACUUGCUACGUUUAUCAUAAGAAGAAGAAGGAUAAAGCUGAGAAAUUAGCAGCUGGAAGUACUGGGGUCGGAACAAAAUCGACUAAAGGCUCAUCCCAAACACCGUCCCUUCUUACCAAGGAGAAAAUGGAAAAUGAAAAAAGGGGUAAGGAUGAUAAAGGUAAAGAUGACAAAGGAGCGGAUAAGGAUAAAGCUAAAACGACUACGUUGAAGGCUGUUCCUGGUCUACCACCUCCACCUGGAGGAGCCCCGAUUAGACCACCCGAACCUGGUAUGGAUGGAAAAUUACCACUAGGACCCUCUCCACCUCCUGGAAAGGGGCUUGCUGUCCCCCCACCUCCUCCAGGCACGAGGCCCGCCGACCCAUCACCUGCUCUAGGGGCAAGACCUACUGGUCCACCACCUCCUCCAGGGGCAAGACCUGCUGCUCCACCCCCACCCGGAGCUAUUGCCGGAGCGAGACUUUCUGGAGCGGCUCACGUUAGACCUCCGAUGCCUCCUGGCACUGCACCCCCGUUGAAUCCCGGAGGACCACCAAAAUCUAUGGAUUUAUCUAAACCUCCGUCCACAGCUGUUCCCGCCACGGCAAAACCACCCGUUUUUGCAGGCGCCUUACCUCCACUCAAAGUUAUCAUCAUUUAA